GACCUCAGAGAUGGACAGUUCGCCUCUCCUACCCAAUGUUGCGGUCCAGGCUCGGAAUGGAUACGGUGGAGUCAACUUAAGUACGCCCUCCAAACGCAAGGACCAAUCUAACGGUGUGGUCAGCUUAUCUAACAGCAGCUCGUUCAGUGACCAGACGUGCUCUACCUACACAGAACUCCCUCCCCCCACCAAUAAGGCUAGAAACAAGCUCAUUAUAGCCUCUGUCAUCUGCCUUCUCUUCACCAUCACUGAGGCUUUAGGAGGGUACUUCUCAAACUCGCUGGCUAUUUUCACGGACGCUGCCCACAUGUUAAUAGACUUCAUAAGUUACUCUAUCUCCUUGAUAGCUAUCUGGAUCGCUAAACGACCACAAACCAAGACCAUGACAUUCGGCUGGUACAGAGCAGAGGUGAUAGGAGCAGUAAUGUCGGUUUUUACUAUCUGGGUGGUCACAGGAGUGCUGUUCUAUCUGGCUAUAUUCCGGAUUGUAGACCAGGAUUACGAGAUUGACGCUAACCCCAUGCUUAUCACUGCUUGUCUUGCUGUCCUCGUCAAUACUGUUAUGGGUGUGGUCCUAUUCCCAGAGGACCUUUGGAAAAGCAGUGACAACUUCGGCCAAAAGGAGAAAGUGAAUAUAAACGUGCGCGCAGCAUUUAUCCACGUGCUCGGUGAUUUGAUCCAAAGCGUUGGGGUGGUGGUGGCUGCUGUCAUCAUCAAAUUUAAGCCGAAUUGGAAGUUAGCUGACCCCAUUUGCACGUUCUUCUUUGCAACGCUGGUCCUAAUAACGACCAUCAACAUCUUAAAAGAUGCUCUCCGUGUUCUUAUGGAAGGAAUGCCAGAGGAGGUGAAGAAUAAAGAGCUUGAGCAGGAACUGCUCAGUAUCUCUGAAGUCAGAGAGGUCCACAGUAUGAAUGUCUGGAGCCUCACAAUGGACAGAAACGUUAUUUCCGUGCAUCUCAGUGUCGAAGAGAGCUCGAAGUCCUACGCCCAACUACUGGAAACAGCCCGAACUGUGAUCAUGGCACACGCAGAUUUCCACCAGAUAACAGUGCAACUAGAGCCCCUCUCUUCAAGCUCUGCUAUCAGAUCCGUGUAGGGAACCAGGGUUGCUACUUGCAGAGACCAGUGCAACUAUCCGUUAUCUACUCUUAUAGCAUAGUAUCUGCAUGAUAAACUGCAUGAUAAACUGCAUUUCAUACUGCAUGAUGUAGUUAUGUUUGUGUCCAAACAAGGAAGAAGACUUUAAUAUGAAGAUAAUUUGAAGAUAAUGUGUUUUAUCGUCCUAAAUCUUUCCUCGCAAAGAAAAAUCUGGAAUUUUUCACGGAAAUCUUUCAAAAUUGAUCACAAUUAUAAAUUUUAAUUACAUGAUUGCUAUUAAUAUUAGAUUAUAAUAUCACUAGAUCUGCGAGGCGGACUAUUUACAUUUGUUUUGACACGUGACAGUUAUUCCAUGGGUUUUGAUUGGUCAAUAUUUGAUGUUGAACAGUUUUACACGGGUUUGUGAAAACAAUGGUUCUUCUCCUCCACACACUUGUAUACUGAUCCAGGUACUUAUUCAACGUAUUGAGAAAUUACUAGCACAAUCACCAUAAUCAGAGUUAGUUGAUAUGCAAAUAGAUUAUAACAAUUUUUUGGGCAGCAAUGGCUAAGUUUUAUUGUUAAACAUGCGAUUAGAAUUAGAAUUGAUUGAUUUUAGAAUCAUUCGUGAUUACUGAAUAUGAUCAGAUAUUUAGCUUUUAUAUUUUAAGUCUUUUGAAUUUUGUAUGCCUUUUAUUUUAUACAUAUUUUUUAUUUUUUAUACUUAUGUUAAUAUACUUAAAAAAGUGCAUUUUAAAUCA